ACCCGGAUGUGUUUGGCCGGCGGAGCGGAAGAGGCGGCGUCAGAGGCAAAAUGAGGGAAAAUAAGAACAUGUCCGAGUCCCCCUCUCAAGCGGGAAAAGAAAUGCCGGCGAAAAAACAAAAACUGAGCAGUGACGAGAACAGUAACCCCGACUUGUCCGGAGACGAGAACGAUGACGCUGUCAGUGUGGAGAGUGGGACCAACGUGGAGCGCCCGGACACGCCCACCAACACGGCCAACGCCCCGGGCAGGAAGAGCUGGGGCAAGGGCAAGUGGAAGUCCAAGAAGUGCAGAUACUCCUUCAAGUGUGUCAACAGCCUGAGGGAGGACCAUGGCCAGCCGCUGUUCGGGGUCCAGUUCAACUGGCACAGCAAAGAGGGGGACCCGCUGGUGUUCGCCACCGUCGGAAGCAACAGGGUAACUCUGUAUGAAUGCCACUCUCAGGGAGAAAUAAGACUCCUGCAGUCUUAUGUCGAUGCAGACGCAGACGAGAACUUCUACACAUGUGCCUGGACCUUUGACACCAACACGAGUCACCCUCUGCUGGCCGUGGCCGGCUCCCGUGGCAUCAUCAGAGUCAUCAAUCACAUCACCAUGCAGUGCAUCAAGCAUUAUGUAGGCCAUGGGAACGCCAUCAAUGAACUCAAGUUUCAUCCAAGGGAUCCGAAUCUGCUCCUGUCUGUCAGCAAAGACCAUGCUCUUCGUCUAUGGAACAUACAGACAGACACAUUAGUGGCCAUAUUUGGAGGCGUCGAGGGUCAUCGAGACGAAGUCCUGAGUGCUGACUUUGAUCUCCUGGGUGAGAAGAUCAUGUCGUGUGGGAUGGACCACUCCUUAAAACUCUGGAGAAUCAACUCAGAGCGGAUGCAGAAAGCCAUUCGUGGCUCGUAUGAGUACAAUCCCUCGAAGACAAAUAGGCCUUUCGUCUCACAGAAGAUUCACUUCCCCGACUUCUCAACGCGAGACAUCCAUAGAAACUACGUAGACUGUGUGCGGUGGCUGGGCGAUCUCAUCCUCUCCAAGUCUUGUGAAAAUGCUAUUGUCUGCUGGAAGCCGGGAAAGAUGGAGGACGACAUUGAUCACAUCAAACCAAACGAGUCCAACGUGACAAUUCUUGGGCGCUUUGACUACAGCCAGUGUGACAUCUGGUACAUGCGCUUCUCCAUGGACUUCUGGCAAAAGAUGCUUGCCCUGGGGAACCAGGUGGGGAAGCUGUAUGUGUGGGACCUCGAGGUGGAAGACCCACACAAAGCCAAGUGCACCACCCUGACUCUGCCCAAAUGUACAUCGGCCAUCCGGCAAACCAGCUUCAGUCGCGACAGCGGCAUUCUGAUCGCUGUGUGUGACGACGCCUCCAUCUGGCGCUGGGAUCGGCAGCGCUGACUGUGAUUGGUUCGCACGUUGACUGAACUCAUUCGUUUGUUUGUUUUUCUGUUUCCCUUCCAGAUGUGUUGCUCUGUCCUCGUAUCCUAGCAGCUGUACAGAUCUACACUGCAAAAAACAUUCAUCUUAACAAGUCAGCUAGUCUCAUCUUCUGUUUAAAUGAUACUCUCUCCUAAAAUAAGUGAAACAUUGUGCUCAGGGAGUGAGAUGAUGCCAUAGAUGUUAUUUUUAUGCCCUUGUUAGUUUGUCUGUCAGUAGGAUAUCUAAUCAAUGUACUUCUGUUACAUUUGGUGGACCGAUCAGUAAUUUUGGCAGUGAUCUGUGAUUUCCACCUGUAGUUUAUUGUUUUAUAGCUGUAACUAUGAAACAAACAGAGCCUGACUGGAUUCCAGUGUGCUUGCAGGUACAUGGGCAGGCUCAAGAAAUUAUUUCAAGCUAAACUUGAAGUGAAAGUCUGUUGGGGAAGGGUUCACUGUUUAUGGAGCUGUGCGCUCUCCGAGUGCCUUCUAGUUUCUUAUGCACUUUCUUCCAUUUCCAGUAUUUUUUUAGAUUACUCAAAAUCACUCUAGUAGUAUGAGGAAAGUGAUUUAAGAGGGAAAUUAGCAUCUCACCCAGAUUAGCAGAUUGUUUCAUUUGUUUUAAGAAAAAAUGGAUCGUAAGACAAGAUGGCAUGACUUGAGAUGGACUUGUUUUUUGCUGUGUGGCAGCUUCAUAACCAGUAGUGUGCACAGUUUAAAGGACAGUGCUGCCAUUUUAGAGGAUUUUGUUGUUGAGUUUUUCUUACAUUCCUUCUUUAUUACGCCCGUAUGGAUUGUUUUCAGUGCAUUCACCCUGUGAAGAAUAACCCCUCCCCCCAGUACACUCAAUAAAAAUGGUUUUGUAAAUUAAACUGGA